AUGACGGGGAACUUUGAACAGUCUCACGAACCAUUUGCGAGCAGCAGCACGGAUGCGGAUGAUGGCUUGACGGCGUCCCCAAAGUUUUACAGCUAUCGCCGGAUAAUUGCCCUUCCCGCCACUCCACCGGACGCCGCUUCCGCCUCACGGGUGAAUGGGACUGCUUCCACGCAACUCCCAUCCUUCUGCCCUCCUCAGCAAGAAUGCUCAAGUCUGUUAGCGGCAGAUCGCGUGACGUUUGUUUUGUCGCAGGUGACACCACCACCUCGCGUGGUUGAAUUCACGGUGAUCCUGCAUGUAUACGACCUGAGUCGCGGCCUUGUUAACCGGCACAGUGAGGAGCUCCUGGGUUUCAACGUUCCUGGCCUCUACCACAGUGCGGUGGUGUGUUACGGGAUGGAGUUUAUUUUUGGGGGUGGAAUCGCCGUCAUGGGUGCUGGUCAUACUCGUUUUGGGAAGAAGUAUAAAAAAAUUCUUCUUGGCACAACUAAAAAGACACUCAGUGAGUUUAUGACGUGGAUUCGUGAGCGUGAGAAGGACACAUAUCAUUUGAAUGCCUAUCACCCGACAAAAAACAACUGUCACACCUUUAGCAAGGACGCGGUGGGAUUUCUGCUUGGACCCAACGGUUCCAUUCCGUCCUUUCUUACAACCGUCAUUGACCAUCUUGUCAAAACAAGGCUGGGUAAAGGCGUAUUGGAAGUGUUGACGCAUUAUCUCAUAUACCCAAAAUGCAUCACGAAUCGUCUGCUGAAGGAACAUAUGCUAGAACGGAAAAAAAGUGCGAUGUCUAUUGCGCAAUCGGCAGUAGCAUGCGAGCUAAUGUCACAACCACCGCCAUGUGUUGUUCUCUUUCAUGUUGAUGAUGCCACCAAGUGUCGUCAAGUCUUUGAGGGACUUAUGCCGUAUGUUGAGCAGUUGAAACAACGCGGAAAGGUUGAUCAAAGCGCCAAGAUGAUAUUGACAUCUGCAUUUAUUAUCAGUACAGGAGCCGAGUUAAUAGAUCCGACGAUCGCCUCGGAUUAUAUUGAAUUGGUUGUACGUAUUUUGAUGUACACGCAUACAACGUUAUGGGGACCCGUUCUUAAUUCUCUGCGCAUUGCUCUGUUACACAAGGUGGUGCUAUGUGCAUGUGUGUUUCAUCCUACUCUUCUUGCUUUGCUGGCGAAUGGUGUGCGGGAUUUUCUAAACAUGACUCCUGAAGGCAAACUUUCUUUUUUGCGGGUGUUGUGUAAUUUGUCCUCUGGCCUUCACGGCGCUCUUGCGCUGAAUUCCAGCCGCUUUGCGCUUAUGUGGGUAAGUGUGGUCGGACUGGCGCUUGCAGAUUAUAGAAACGAUGCCAUUGUUUACACGGGAGCUUCACUGGCUGUAAAUUUGGCGCAUGCAUUUGUUCUGACAACAAUUCCUCGGGUGUCAAAGGAUCAUGGUGCACUUUUUUCGUUUCAUCGCAUUCGUCAGUUGAUGACAAUACUUCUUUUUUAUUUACGUCACUGGCCCCCAAAACGAAUACCGGAGGCAGCAAUGAACAUGAUGCUUCUUGCUCUCUUUUUCCUCAUGUCCAGCCACCCAGAAAACGUGGAGUUUGCGGCAACUCAUGGAUGCAGGCUAAAUUAUGCCUGCAUGCUACAGAGGGCACAGACGAAUGAGAGUAAAGCACUACUUUGUCUCAUGCAUGCUCUUGAGCAGUGCGGUCAAAUGAGUUGUGUCAAUGUUAUCAACUGA